UGUUCGAAGGUGAUGGAUGUAUGUGAAAUAUUAUCGCACGCGAAAAUUAACUUACUUGGCAACUUGAUAAGUGUGACGUCGGAGACACCAUAAUAAAACAAACUCGAUGUAAUAAUCAGAAAAUGAAUAAAUUCGCCGGUUUGCGAAAAUUUCACCAUUUGUAUCAUGAUCCGUUUGACGCUUCGUUGAAAAUCAUAUUACUGAUAGAAAAUGUUACAUAAACCUGUUGUGAAGCAAAUUUCAGGCGAAGAAAAGUCAUGGACACAAAUCUACAGUAUUAUCAUAGUAUGCCUGAACAGUUUAGUUGGUGGUGCACUUUUUGCAUGGCCCUCGCCAUCCGUACCAAUCCUCCUGGAUGAGACUCAGAACCCUUACAAAAUGACAAUGACUGAACUUUCUUAUCUGGCCGUCAUCCCUCCGAUUGCCACAGUCGUUGCAAGUCCCUUCGUAGGGGGUAUCAUCGAUAUUGUGGGCCGUAAGAAAGCCAUCCUCUCAGUAACUAUACCUUAUGUCAUCAGCUUGAUCUGCUGUAUCAUCGGAGGUCCACUGUAUGUCUACUACAUAGCGCGGAUAGCUGAUGGCAUUGGUGAUGCCUGUCUAUUCUCAGCUCUUCCAUGCUAUGUCGCAGAAAUAGCCACACCAAAAGUGCGUGGACGUUGGGGUAACUCAAUGGCACUCUCCAUGUAUCUGGGCCAGUUUAUGAUUAACUCCAUUGGGUCAUUCUUCAGUAUCAGCAACGCUGCUUGUAUUCUCAUGUUAUUACCAGUAUUAUUCAUGUUGAAUUUUCCUGUGCUACCAGAGUCACCUUAUUGGUUAUUAAUGAGGGAACGUACAGAUGAAGCUAGAAAAUCACUUCAAUGGUUACGAGGUAAAGAAAACGUUGAAGAUGAACUCACCCAGUUGACAGCAGAUGUCAAACGUCAACAAUCAGAAACAGGAAGGUAUAUUGACCUCAUAAAAAUCCCAAGCAAUCGAAAAUCAGCUUGUAUUGUGGCUGCGGUGAGGUGGAUACAGAAUUUCUGUGGUGCUGCUGCAAUUGCAGUUUACAUCCAGACAAUCUUCAGGAGAUCAGGGAGUAAUCUUCAAGCUGGUACCUGUUCUAUGAUAUACAACGCGUCAUGUUUUACAUGUUCAUUGAUUGCAUCAUCAGUUUUGGAUAAAUUAGGAAGAAGACUAGCCACUAUUCUAUCUUGUGCUGCUUGUAGCUUGGUUCUAUUUUCGCAGGGAGCUGUGUUUUAUAUCAAUGAUGAAACUGAUUUGGAUUUACCAGGGUUUUCGGUGUUACCGCUGGUAUUGAUGGUGUGUUACAUUAUUUCAUUCUCCAUUGGACUGGGGAUUGUACCAACGUUGCUUUUAAGUGAAAUGUUUUCAUCGAGUGUUAAGAGUAAGGCGUUUGUUGUGAUGAACAUCAAUAUGGGGUUGUCUGUUGCCAUAACUGCUCAGGUGUUUGCCCUUUUACUGGAAUAUGUUGGACUUUAUGCCAUAUUUUGGUUUUAUGGUUUAUCUACAUUGAUUUCUGCUUUUAUUUGUUACUUUAUCAUUCCGGAGACUAAGGGAAAAACGUUGGAAGAAAUCCAGCAACAAUUUAAGAAAUAAUUUUGGUGUUUUUAUUAUGUUAUAUUUAUGUUGUGAUAUUUUUAGUUUUAAAUACAUUUUUGUUUUAUUAUUUUAAAUUUAAA